GAGGCUUCAGCAACGAAAAAUAAGAAGAAGGAUCCAUGGAUGGUGAAGAAUCAUACUGUGAAGACCUUGGUUAAACUAUUUGUUAAAAAUAGUAAGGAAUUUACAGCUAACCAGAAGCUGAGAUUAGGGGCUACUAUCCUUGUGGAAUCGAUAUUGAUAGCCAACAAUCCAGUUAAUAAAAUACCCGUUGAGAGACUGCUGAGAGCUAGAAACUUUGAAGAGUUCUGCAAGUAUCCCUGGGGGAAUGAAACCUAUGAUGCUCUACGUGCUGCAGUGGAGAAGAUUGAAACUACAGAUUUGGUGAAGGUGCAAUAUGGAAUUUCUGGGUUUAUAUAUGCCAUUCAGCUUUGGGCUUUGUCUUCUGUGGAUCAACUUGGCUCAUUUUUUGGUGAUGAAGAUGAAGAAACUCAGUUUCCAUUGUGCUUGCAUUGGAUAGGAACAAAAUCGCCUACUUUGGAUGAGGUGACCAAAAUUGCUGGAAACAAAAAGGUUGUUGCCAAAUGCAUCCUUGGAGAUCAGGAAUUGCAUAGCAACUUGGUUGAAGAAGAUGUCGACACUGAGUUUGGAAAAGUUGUUGAUCUUGUCAAGAGAGGAUAUCGUUUGAAGAGACAAGAUUGGCGUAGUGGAAGUGUCAACAUUGCUGUUGCGGAAGCUGAGAUAGAGGAAAACAAUUAUGGUCCAGGGAGUGAUGCAACUGAUAAAGAGAAGAUUGAAUUCCUCACCAAGCAGCUAGAGAUUUAUAAAAAAAAAGUGGAGAAGCUUGAAGAUCGUCUGGGCAUUCGUCGAGAAACCGAGAAGGUAAAAAUAUUUUCUAUAUUUGUAUCGUGUUUUAAAUGAUCAGAAAGAUUCAUAUGCUUCUAACUUGUAACAGGAAACUGAUGAGUUUCAUGAGACUCCUCAAGGUGCCACAAAAACUAAGGUUUGCUAUUUUUAAAAUCUUGAUAUUGUAAAUACUGUUUAUUUGUAUUCACAUAUAAUUUUUCAGGAAAAUGAUAAGCAUCAGGAAAGGGAUUUGGAGGAGGAUGAAUGUUUGCAGUCUUUCUUUGAUUCCAUAAGGCAACAAGUUUCUAAGGUUAUAUUUUU